CUAAAAUAAAAAGACAAUCCAAAGGUUUUGCUCAUAGAGUGAAAUAUGAAGAUUAUUAUUAGUUAUACUUCCAUCUUUCUCAUCUUGUUUCUACAAUGUUGUGUGCAUGGCCACCUUUAUGAUACUGGAGGGCUAACUAGGAAAAGCUUUCCGCCUGGAUUUGUGUUCGGCACAGCGACUUCGGCGUAUCAGGUUGAAGGAGCGGCUGGUCCUGAGUAUGGCCGUGGACCGAGCAUUUGGGAUGUGUUUGUUCGUUAUCCAGGAAUUGUCGCAAAUAAUGCCAACGGAGAUGUUGCGGUCGAUGAGUAUCACCAUUAUAAGGAAGACAUUGAUCUCAUGGUAGAUAUGAACAUGGAUGCCUAUAGGUUCUCCAUUUCUUGGUCAAGGAUCUUCCCAGAGGGCACGGGUCGUGUGAAUGAGCAAGGGGUCGAUUACUAUAAUAGAUUAAUUGAUUAUAUGAUUGAGAAAGGAAUUACUCCUUAUGCAAAUCUCCACCAUUAUGAUCUCCCUCAGGCCCUUGAGGAGAAAUAUAAAGGCUGGCUCAGUAGACAAGUUGUUGAAGAUUUUGCAGAUUACGCAGAAUUCUGCUUCAAGACAUUCGGUGACCGAGUAAAGAAUUGGUUUACAUUUAAUGAGCCACAUGUCAUUGCCAACCAAGGCUACGAUGGUGGGAGCUUUGCCCCUGGGAGGUGUUCGGCACCCUUCGGAAAUUGCACAUCUGGGAACUCGGCGACAGAACCAUACAUUGCAGCCCAUAACUUGAUUCUUUCUCAUGCUGCUGCUGUGCAUCGGUAUCGUCACAAUUACCAGAAAUGCCAAAAUGGGAAGAUUGGAAUUUUGUUGGAUUUUACUUGGUAUGAGCCUCUCACUAAUAGCACUGAUGACAUGGCAGCAGCUCAAAGGGCAAGAGAUUUCCACCUUGGUUGGUUUUUGCAUCCUAUAGUCUACGGUAGAUAUCCGAAUAACAUGCGCCAAAUCGUGAAAGAGAGGCUUCCAAAAUUUACAAGUAGUCAAGUGAAGAAGGUGAAAGGAUCUAUCGAUGUAAUCGGCAUUAACAUAUAUUCUGCAGCUUAUAUAUAUAAUCCCAAUUGGACACCAACGAAUAUUGAUUAUCAAGCGGAUUGGAACGUCGGAUGGGCAUUUGAACGUAAUGGUGUGCCGAUUGGACCAAGAGCACACUCAUCCUGGCUCUACAUUGUUCCUUAUAGUAUGUACAAUAGUAUCAAAUAUGUGAAGGAAACAUACGACAACCCAAUCAUCAUAAUAUCUGAAAAUGGAAUGGACGAUGCAGCCAACCUCACACUUGCGGAUAGUCUAAACGACUGGACUCGGGUUAGUUACUACAGAGACUACAUACUCAAUAUGAAGAAGGCGAUAGACAAGGAGGGAGCGAACGUAAUAGGUUACUUUGCAUGGUCACUACUUGAUAACUUCGAGUGGCGAUCUGCCUAUACGUCGCGGUUUGGAUUGCACUACAUUGACUAUAACGACAAUUUGAAGCGAAUUCCAAAGAUGUCAGCAAAUUGGUUCCGAAAGAUGCUCUACAAAAAUCAUACGAAUUAAGCACAAGAGUCACUAUUAAGCCCUCUUUCUUUUUAUGCAUGAACCAUUUUUUUUUACUAAUUUUGGUAUACAAUAUGCUUGCGUAUCACCAAAAAGUAAAAGAAAUGGUUGUGUUUAUCGAAAAGAUGGGGCGGAAGUUCGGCUUUCAUUCAAUAUGAUUAGGAGUUGAUUAGAUGAUGUCUUUCGAUUUUCUGAUUUAGUUGGUUGGUUAGUUUAUAUUGAGUUGUACUUAAUUAGGACGUCUUCUUUCGAACAGUAUUUGUUAAUAAAAUGCU